AUGAAUACUCGAAGCAAGCCCCGUUCUCUCCCUGAGGAUGCUCAUGGUAUCCUCAAUCCGGAAAUCGAUCAACUCGACGCUUUCUAUCUCGAACUCGGCGAUGAGGACAAUCACCGCUUUCUGAGCAUUCAAAACUUCCGCAAAAUCAUAUCCGCUCGCAAGACCGCAUUGAAAAAUAACGAAAAAUGCCAACAAUUUCUUGUCGUUACUGAAGUCAAACUCUCCGAUUUUGAAACUCUAUCCUUGGAACCGGAAUCGAAACACCGUCGCCUUUACUAUAGUGUUCCUACCGAAACAUUGGCUGUUAAAGUCAUGCCUCUUGACUCUCACGAAAUCGCUAUCAAGGAGUUUGAUAAGUUAGUGGCGAGACAAGUCGACGGAUUGCACUUAGAUAGUGAGGUUCUUAACCCUGGUUCGGGAACGAAAAUUAUGGGAAAUUUCAGAAAAGAAGCUGACUCGAGUUGGGCCCAUAUUUCUGACCAUUUACGUCCGAAAAUCAUUCUCGAAGUCGGUUUGUCACAGUCUCAGCGCCAACUCAAUUUGAUCAGCCGCGGCUGGCUUCAGUCUUCAGACUCAUCUGUCGAAGUUGUGAUCACUAUCGGAAUCGACCGCAAUAUUCCAAAUAUACAGAUUGACCGAUGGGAACUUACUCUAAACCCAGACUAUGGAAGAACAAGAUUCUCGCCUCCCCGCAUUGCUUCUCGGACUGAAAGUUUCCAAAUCUCACGCAACAAUGACACAACUUCUAGUGCCCCAGAUCUCAGCAUUGAUUUCCGAAAGUUGACCGGCCAUCUCCAGGGUCCCGAGGCCAACUUGACCAUAAGUGGGGCGGAUCUUGAAACACUUGCGGAGCGAGUUUGGCUAUAUCAAGGCAUUUUGUGA